AUACAAACUUUGCCAUCAACCCAAUAAAUCCCAGCUUUAUUCAAUUUCAUUCACAUUCAUCAUCACUUGUUAUUUUGUUUAUCAGUCGAAACAUACAGAAAAAGAGAAUCUAGUUAAAAACAAUGUCAAAAUCAAGCGAAAAUGAAAACCCUCAGCCCAAUCUAUCUCACACAUUCAAAUACUUGCUCGCUACUCAAUUUUUAUCAAGGGGAAUACCAUUCAUAUUCAACACAUGGAUUGUUCGGCAUCUUACUGAAGAAGACUAUGCGUUGUAUGCUGUACAAUUUCACUUGUUCAUUACGUGUGUGCUUUUUCUUAGUCAAGAGGGCUUCAGGCGAGCAUGCAUGAGGGCAGACAUUUAUAGUGGCGGAUCAUCAGGGGGAGGGAACGCAGCAAAACUCUUGAAAGUAGCAUGGAUGACUGUCCCUUUAGGAGUAAUUAUCACAUUUGCAGGAUGUAUUUUUGUGUUAUGGUGGCAAGAACUAAGUUAUUCUAGUCAAUAUGCACAGGCUAUAUGGAUACAUGGUUUUGCAUGUAUACUGGAGCUAUUAGCUGAACCCUUUUACAUCUUAUCUCAGAAUUUGCUUCUCCUCAAGUUGCGUCUGCUAGUUGAAAGUGCAGCUACCCUUUCACGUUGUAUAACUACUUACAUCCUCAUUGUAAAUCUACCUGGCAUGGAGAAAGCAAUUAUAUUCGGCUUGUCGCAAGUUGCAUUUGGAGCUUGUGUGUUCUUUGGCUACUGGGGCUACUUUCUUCUUUUUCACAUUUAUAGCAGUUCUGAUCUCUUUCCUUUUGGUGUAGGAAACGGAGGCAUUGAUGAACAACUUUCAAAAAUGUGUAUGUUGUUUACCUUUCAAUCUUUUCGCAAGUUGCUUCUUCAAGAAGGACAAAAAAUGGUUCUUGUAUGGUUGGACACACCAUAUAACCAAGCAGUAUAUGGGCUUGUAGACAAACUAGGCAGUUUAGUGGUUAGGCUGGUGUUUCUCCCAUUUGAAGAAAGUUCAUAUGCUACAUUUGCAAGGUCUGCAUCAGGUGAACAGACACAGAAGCAAAAGAAACUAGGAAAAAGUUUGACCGAGGCCUUGAAACUUGUUUUACUAAUAGGUUUUGUAGUCAUGGCCUUUGGACCUAGCUACUCCUACUCGCUCAUUAGGUUGUUGUAUGGUCGCAAGUGGAGUGAUGGAGAAGCUUCAACAGCUCUACGAUACUAUUGCCUCUAUGUAAUUUUGUUGGCCAUGAAUGGAACAACUGAAGCAUUUUUGCAUGCGGUUGCAAAUGAGACUCAACUCAAGCGCUCAAAUGAUUCCUUGCUUGUAUUCUCGUUGAUUUAUCUGGUGUUGAAUGUUUCUCUUAUACGUUCAGCUGGUGCAAUUGGCUUGAUUUUAGCAAAUUCUUUGAACAUGGCUCUUAGGAUCUCUUACUCAGCAGUAUUCAUCAGGAAUUAUUUUCAGGAUUCGUCCUCAUUUUCCUUUCGCAGAUGCCUGCCCUCUGGUUGGACCUUUCUACUUUUUUCUGGUAUAGUCACUCUAGCUUCAGAAAAGAUAUUUAUGGAUCCGGAUGACUUCUGGAGAACAUUUAGCAUUCAUUCCUUAGUGGGCAUAACCAGUUUCAUGCUAGCAGCCUUUAUCAUCUAUCGUCGUGAGAGGACCUUUAUCAACAAUAUCAUACGUUUCCGGGAGCACGCUGACUGAAGAAGAAAGUCCUACCCCAUGACAGGAAAAACCUUAUUAUCUGUUAUGUUUUGGACAAGAAGAUAGCAGUUAGCUAUUCAAUGCAUAUCGACAAUUCUUUGUUGCAUCUCAAAGCGAAAAUCAUAUUUUACUAGGUAUGAAGGAACUCUCUUUGGAUGUUUUCAUGAACUGGUUCAUGUUCCUUCGAGUUUGGCCAUAAUAUUUGUUUAAUGCUGCAAGCAUGUGUAUUUACUUGUUGGGGUUCCACAUAGAAUUCAAGUGGUGUUGUUGUAAUUGUUCAAAUCAUUGAGCUCAAUUUUCCAAUUGUAAAAGAAUGCGUAAUUUCUGAUAAAGUUCAGUGAAGGAUGAGAAAGUUAUUUAUUAAGAGACCACAUUCUUUUUAGAAC